CCCUUAUCCUUUCUCUGCAACAAGCUAUGGCAGCAAAGAUGUUAUCAUCAUCCCCACAUCCACACCCUCUCUGUUCUCUCCCAUUUCACACCAACCUCCACAAACUACAACCAUGGCUCGGGUGGCAGCAGCUGCAGCAACAACACCCUCCAAGAUCAAGGAAGCUCCACGUGUCACUUCACGACGCUGCCACCUCAUCUUCAGCUCUUGUGCACCUAAACCCCAGUUCUCUGCUGUUGCUUACAGAGAGUGCUGGUUAUUCCAUGGCCAGUUAUUACACUUCUCUUGGUCUCUUUGUUAUCUCUGUUCCUGGCCUUUGGUCCCUCAUCAAACGUUCUGUCAAAUCCAAAAUUGUGAAGAAGACUUUCAUAGGUGAAGGUGAAAAGAAGCCACCAAAUCAGGUUGCAGGGGAGAUACUAUCAUUCUUCACUCGUAACAACUUUCAAGUGACUGAUAGAGGAGAAACAGUUACGUUUGAAGGAAUGAUGGUUCCCAGCAGGGGCCAAGCAGCACUAUUAACUUUCUGCACUUGCAUCAGCCUUGCAAGUGUGGCACUUGUGCUUACCAUAACCGUCCCUGAUUUUGGUAAUAACUGGUUUGGGAUUACCAUCUUAAGUCCACUGGCAGGUGCUUAUUACUGGACUCGAGCAUCUAGAAAGGAGCAGAUUAAGGUGAAACUAAUAGUUGGAGAUGAUGGGACCUUAUCAGAGAUCAUUGUUCAAGGUGAUGACCAACAAGUAGAGGAAAUGAGAAAGGAUCUCAAGUUUAGUGAAAAGGGAAUGGUUUAUGUUAAAGGCAUCCUUGAGAGGUGACCCAUUUCAUCAAACAGCACAGCAGGAGGUAAAGGAAUUAUCGAGUGGGCCUAUCAAAAAUUGCCACAGCUUGUACUUUGGAACAAAUGUGGUAAACCAGUAUGUUCAAGCACCUAGUUGAUUCAGACCAAAAGAGAAGAAAAAAAAUCCAGCUGACAAUUUUGAGAUUCGCCUCAGGCUCACCAGCAUAGACUGUAUAGUUCACUAAAUAAUUACGAUUCUUACUUUCGAGUUGUGUGUUCUCAACAUGUUCAGUGACUACUUUUUUGAUUCGUUAUACACCCAGCACAACACAAUGUAUGCAUAAGCAAAAUGCCAUAUUCCCCAA